AUGGGGAGGGUUGUUGUCGUCUGGUCGUUUUCUCCAUCUCCGACCGUUCUCUCCGAUCCCGCCGCCGCAUCAUCAAGUAGCCUCCUCCGCAGGGCCGGCGGCGUCAAGACCGCCCACUUCCAUUCCCAGCCUUGCCGCAGGGAACGCCGCGCCCGACCGGUGGCCAUGUCCAGCGCCGCCGGGUCCUCGUCGUCGUCGCCUUGUCCCCCCGCGGUCCUCGCUGAGGCUGGGGAGACGGGGGGUCGCGAGGAGAGAUGUGCGUCCAGGUCCGUGUCGGAUGCCAUUGUUGGUGACAUCCCUGCGGGGCUGCUGCCGGAGAUCCUCUCGGAGGCUCUGGUGUGGAGCGCCCUUCACGGGCUGGUCGUCGGCGACAGGAACGUGCCGGUCAGUGGAUAUUCUCUGUCCUGUCAAAAUAGGUGAAAAUGUGGUUUUCCUUUUUCGGAACUUGACUUUGAUGAUGAUCCUCGCUUUGUCGUCGAAAGAUUGCCCUGUGAAGCUGAACGCUAGAAUUUUCCUUUUUCUAGCUGACAGUUGCUUUUUUCCUUUUUUUUUGAAACUCCCUCCCAUAUGAUUCCUGUCGGGGGAUAAUUUCCUUCCCCGCAAAGGUCGGGGUACUUGCCUUUAUUUGGUAAGCGGGAGAUUCUGAGGCUCAUCCUCGUUGCGACAUGCCCUCUCUAACAGGGAAAAAUGAGGCACUUCCGACUGAAAUUUUAACAUGGUUAAAGAGCCACGCCGGAAAUUUCUGGCGGGUCAUUCUGCGAAUUCUCAAGAAUCAGAUGACGAUUGUUGCUUAUUUUCAACCUGAGGAAAUACAUUUCUGUUCCACUGGUGGCGAAGAUGUUAAAGGACCAGAAUCUAGGAAUGGUAGACAAGAGAGUUACUGGUACCCGACUGCUAAAAUAAAAGACUGUGGCAUCCACAGACAUUGAUGUCUGACCUUGAAGUGUAAAGAAUCCCCUUUAUAAUAUAGAUGACUAUAGAUUAUAAUUCUCCUCCUUGAGGAAGAGAAACGAAACGCAUUAAUUGAUGCAAGGACGGUGAGCAGUGCCAAGGCUUGAAUUCAAAAGGUACCGGUUAUUCUGCUAAUCAAUCUGAUUUAACAGACAAACAUGAAGAUUGGAUGCAACCUGAAAAUUUAAGAGGCUGUUGAUAGUAAAAGGGAGAAAUAAGGGUAGCACAAUCAUUGGUAAGGUCAGUUCUCGUUCCAUCCCCGCUAUCCUUGUUGGUUUCAAACACCAACACUAGUAAGGAUCAGAGAUGAUAACUCCCGGUUAUGCUUCCAGCCACUAGCUUGAUUUCCUAUGCGGAGGACCAGCACAUGUGGCACAAGAAGCAUCCUAUUGAAUAACCGUCUAAAGGUGAUUACUGGACUCUUCUCAAUUAAAGAUAAGGAAAGACGGGAGUCUUGGGCCAUAUGCCUUCACAUGUUGGGUGCACGAGAGUAAGUCCUGUGGUAAUCUCUCAAAGGACAAACUCUGAUCAAAGAUAUUAUUCCUUAAUAUCAGAGGGGAUUUAAUUGCUUAAGUGAGUUACUUUUUGGGGGAAAAAUAAAGUAAAUCGAACAUGGAGAUGACUAAACACUGUACCUUAGCAGAGAUACCCAAGAUUAAUCAUCGAUUCACGUUGAGAAACUGUCAGGAUGAGAUGGGCCGACCAUAGAUUGUCAGAUUCUUGGUCUCCCUAAAUGCAAUGUUAUUGAUGCUGCGUUAUGUCGACUAGUUUUUCCCUGGGUACCAGCAUAUUACGCGUUAUAGAUGCAAAUUGAGCUGAAGGGCAAACCCAUUGAGAAACUGGGGAAGAUUAAAAAUAGAUUUCUUGUCCGGUGGAUUAUGCACUAUAUCCUAAUAUAGAUACCCAUGGUUAAUUAAGGAUUCACAUUGAGAAACUGUCAGUGGAGCAUGCACUGUACCUUAGUAGAGAUACACAUGAUUAAUUAGGGAUUCACAUUGAGAAACUUCAGUGGAUUAUGCACUGGACCUUAGUAGAGAUACCCAUCAUUAAUUACGGAUUCACGUUGAGAAACUGUCAGGAUACGAUGGGCCGACCAUAGAUAUUCAGAUUCUUGGUCUCCCUAAAUGCAAUUUCAUUGAUGCUGCGUUAUGUUGACUAGUUUUUCUCUGAGUAUCAGCAUAUUACGCGUUAUAGAUGUAAAUUGAGCUGAAACGGAAACGAAGAUCAUAAACAACCUGAGUAGCAAGGAAAAAAUCCAUGCCAGAUUUUGAACAUCCGCCGUCAGUUUGCUUCUGGGUUUCGUAUGACUCAUAUUCAGCGGGACCAACAGCAAUUAAUAUUCAUUGUCUUGAUACAAGAUUACGGUCAGUUCCAUUGGCUAAAAGUUAACUCAAUCCUUUGAUACCCUAACAAGCGUUCAAACAGAACUUGUUCAUAAUAAACGGUGUGCAAUACAUAUUACCUAUUACCAUCGUUAUUCAUACAAGACAGGAGCUGGCGCCAUGAAUCUGAAAGUUUCUGAAUUUCAAACCGUUGUCUAUAUUGUUUCUUUAUUUUCGUUCAUUCUUUUCUGUUAGAUCUUAAAAAAUGAUUUGCUCUACUUUUCAUUCAAUGUAAAGUACUAAAGAACAAGGUUCAUUAAAGAAAGACCAACCAUCUGUCCCAAGGGAAGCGCAAUUUUAAGUUGGGUAAUCCUUCCAACUUUUAAAUUGUCUACUGUUUUUCCGAUCUUAAGGGCUUUAAAUCUCUCUUAAACUUUUCUAAUUUGGAGGGAUUUGCUGGGCAACGAACUCCAAACCUAUGAGAAUUUCACCCGAACCCUUCCACAUCUACAGGUGAUGAAUAGCUUAGUUCUAUAUCCACCAAAAUUACAGUAGCGAAAGGCGAGUAUUCGUGUCCUAUUUCACUGAAAUGAAGUUAAGCAUUAGUAGCUUAUUAUUCACCAGAACCCGAAAACCAUAAUAUCUUCAAAUGUCGGAAAACCCAAAUCUUGAAAGGAAAAUCUAUUCCUUUUAAAAUUUUCUACUUUUUUUCCUUUAGUAGCCAUAGAUAUAUAGCCACAAGACAUGUCGUUAACUUGACAAAUUAUGACGUCACAGAUUGUGAUUCAUAUUAAAUGAAGUAUAUAAUGAGCGAUCUCCAUAGAGAAAGUGUUGCGUCCAAUUAUUUAAGAUAAACCAGGAGAUUUUGGGCAACAAGGUGGAAUUUCGUGGCUUUUGCUAUGUACUCAAGACACCACAAGGUGUGCAUUUGAAAGACUACCAAUGAUCAUGAAGUUGGACUCCAGCUCCAUGUGUUUCCUCCUCAAAUUCCAAUUUUAUAUUUCACACAUUACAGUACCUAAAACAUCCUUGAAAAUCAAAUGCAGCAUAAAAUGUCCAACGGCAGGGUUCUAUAUGCAACAAAGUAAAGAGCAUGAAGGUUUGUAUCCGCUCAGACCAACCAAGUUUUGCCCAGGAGGUUGCAUUAUUUCUGCUUUAAGUAGCUUUCAGCCUUUUCUCUUUGAAGCAUAGACACUUCCCUCUAAUCUUUCAGUCAAAACAUUUUGAGGUUGGAAAAUUGUUCCAUGUAUUUACCUUAAAUGUGUUCUGAUCAGAAAUUGUUCCAUUUUGGGAUUUAUUUCUGUAAAAUUUGCGUUUAUGUAUCAGGAAGCAGUAACAUAAAUGGGAAAGGAUCACAAAAUUGACAAGAUGUCCUGUAGGAACGAAUGACUUCGAAUCUGAGAGGGAAAUCACAGAGUAAUGACGAAAGGCCUUCAUGUGGAGACCAUUUGAAAGCUCAUUGAACAUCAGAUACCUGUGUUCCAUGCCUACUGCAACAAAUCAAAUAUUGAUUAAAAAAAUAGCUUGGUUCCCGAUCAGGCAUAGACCAUAACAUUCACAUUUAUCCUUCCUCGAUUGCAACUUCAGACAGCACUCUACUCCCAACCUCUUUGCCAGCUGUCUAGGAUAAUUUAUGCAUUCUUGAAAAAGAAAAUCUGGCUUUGACAUGGCAGCCAAUUGAUGAGGAUUCAUGCCAAGUCUCCUGAUACGAGGCAAAAUCAGGGAAUUAUCUGCCACUUGAUUCAAAAAUGAGGACUUAGAAACUGGUUCUGUAAUACUUUGGGAACAAUAUCACUCUCUCUUACUACUUUGGACUAUCUCUUAGCAUGCACAAUGGCCCUUUCCCCUGUGGAUUUCUCUUUCCCCCCUAAGGUUUUUCACUCUACCUGAAUCGGCAGUCUCCCAUUAUGAUGAAAUGGAUAUGCAAUGUUACGAUUUAAAACUUGAGUCACUGUAGAAAAUUUUCUAUCAAUAUGACAUCGAGUGGUAAUUAGUUUCAAACUAUGCCACUUUAUAAUUAGCAAAAACCAAAUGAGGCAUACACACUAUCUGUCAUGCAUCAGAUUUUUCUUUGUGAAAGCUUUAGGAAGAAAGAAUCUCUGCCUGUUGAUUCAUUUUCUGUCCAGGUGCAUCGAUCAUGCUAAAACAAACGGACUAAUCUAAUCAAUCUAGUUAUUUUUUCCUUCUUUCUGAUCAUUCACGUUAUCCGAGUCUCUUUAAAAAACAUCUUAUAAUAUCAAGUGGAGAACAUUUUCCUGUCAGUCUUUUUCCUAACCCGACCCUUGACAGUCCCUACUAGAUCUCUGUUUGGUGUGAGGUAAAUAAAAUAACCACUUACCAGGUUGAUUUGGUUAUCAACCUUGUUCUCGCAUUCAAUAGUCUCCUUGCUUUCUAAGACAAUGAUAAGUGUAAAGUGGUGAAGCCUAUCAUUAGAAAUUCCUAUUAAUAAUGGUUGGCCAUUCUGAGUACCUGUCAACUUAGACUACUCCAAAUUUUAUUUCCUUCUCACUUAAUGUUUUGUCCUUGAACUCAAAUUAGAUUGGAUUUCGCUUUGCUGGGAGUCUCCUGAACCAUUGUGGGGUCCCAAGUUCUCAGUUGUCGGAUCUGCAUCUCAUAAUUUCACAUCCUGAGGACUUCGAGAUUUUAUUAUCAAUGCACUCUGGAGGAGCCUUGGCAGAAUUUUUGUCUAUCUCCUUGAAGUCAUUGAUGCUCUUCUUGUAUCUUUGUGUCUUCCAAAAUAUAGACUAAAUAAACUUUUCUGUACAACGUGGAUCAUUGUAUUCAAUUCGGUUCAUUGAAGUCAAUGUGGGAUUUAACUUUGCACCAUAUUCACCCUUCCCAUGCGGAGCCAUGACUCAUAAUCUAUCAAAUUCAAUUACUGUCUAUUUUUUUCUGGUACUCUUUUCAAGCUCAUCUCAAGCCCGACAGAGAUAGUAUUUUUCCAUAUUUUUUGUUCUUAUUAUGUCACUUUGAUGUAAUAGGGAAUAAUCUUUUUCCUUAAGUGAGAGGUGAGAGAUACAGCUGAGUUAAGACAUUUACUUGGAAAGGAAAUAUCUGUAUUUUGUUAUGAGAUGUGUGUCUGCACAGUAUGUCUGAGGUUUUUCUAUCCCUCAAUUUAUUUUAUCUUUUUUAUUCUCUCCAUCUUUUAUGGACUACAAGGAGACUCAUCAUUUAUACUCCUGGACAGUCCAGCCUCUGUCCCUAACAUGUGGUAGACACUACAAUGUAUACGGGUUGUUGUCAGUUCCAGUUCUAUUUUUUGGUUGGAAUCUUUCUCCAGAUUUUGGUUGGAAGUUUGCAUUUAAAAUUAAAGAUCUAUGCCUGCUUUUACUGUGAGGGAUUUGAGCUUAGUUACUGAAGCAUCAGUUGUAAAAAAAUCAUGAUGGGAACUGAUUCUUCGGUGGUUUCUAAUUUGAAGUGCUCGUACCUACCUCUAAAGUUUAGAACCACAGUCAUCUGCUAACAACUUAUUUUGUUCUUCAUCUAAUUCAAAAUAUGUCUAAUUGAUUUGCAGCGAUCAGGGAACAUCCCUGGUGUAGGCAUGGUUCAUGCUCCAUUUGCUUUGCUGCCUGUCUCAUUUCCAAAAAGUCUCUGGAGGCAAGCAUGUGAAUUGGCUCCCAUUUUCAACGAGCUUGUGGAUCGUGUCAGCUUGGAUAGCAAGUUUUUACAAGAAUCACUGUUCAGGUUACCCUUUCGUCUAUGUUUCUCUUUCUUCUAUAGACCUUAGAAAACCAGUGUGUUAUUUUUACAUAUUGUACGCAUAACAUUUGUUUCUUUAACAUUGACCGAUCUGAAAAGAAUCUUUUACUGAAGCUUAAAAAUCCUCUCUAAAAAGAGAUGACUUCGUUUCUCUUUGGAGUCUAGAGUAGAGACAACAUUCAUGAGUAGGUGAUCUUUUACAGGAACUUUCCGAAGAAUAUUUAAAUUUUAGAUUGAAAGCUUUUCGUUUUACAUUAAUCCUUCCGCCACUUGUUUACCGUUCAUCUAAUAGAGAAGUUCCCUUUAUUGCAAUGUAUGAAAUUUUCUUUGGGGUCUGUGUUUUGAAUCAAAUAAUCCUCUCUAAAAACUGCCGAAGCUGUUUAAAUUCCUAAAACAUUGCCUCCAAGAGUUUUAAAUCUUUUGUUGUAUGCUGUCUUGCUACUUGUGUAUUUGAUUAUUUGAUUCCAACGACCAGAUGAACUUUUAGAACUUCUUGCUCAGGAAAUCAAUCCUAGGCCUUCUGUGCAUGGAAAGUUAAACGUUUACCAUUUCUUAACUAACAAGAUGGGAACGCUAUUACAAAAUUAGAUGCUGUGAGAACGUUUCUGCAAAUUGGGGAUAUCAAUGAUAUGUGAUAAGGAAUUAUGCACCAUUUACUGCAUGCUCUGUGUCGUUCACCGUCAGGAAUUUCGCUCCAGUGUCCGAAUUCAAUCGUUCUUACUUAUUAGAAGUAUAAAUAGACUAAUGGAGGCGGAGUGGGAAAGAAGAGGGAGAUCCAAAGGCUCUAGCAGCUUAUCGUAUCAUAACAGAUGAAUGAAUUCGUCCGUUUGGUUUCUCAAGGUUAUGCCCAAUUUGCUGAGUGAAUGUUAGGACCUUAAUAAGUAUGGGGAGAGUCCUUGCAUUCUUGGUAAGGUGGAUCAGUCAUUAGAGAAUGUAUUCAGUGGAUGUACAUUAUUGCUAGUUAUUGGACAGAAACUACACAAUGAAAAUGCUACUUCACCGAAUCUCUGUAAAGUAAUUGAAGAAAUAUAAUUGUGCUUCUAUUGGCAAGGGGUGCCUAACAAGAAUCAAUAAGUAUAAUGGUUUAACUUCCAAUGGACCUUUUGGGAAAAGGUCUAAUGUGGGAAAAAACCAGCUGUUUCUAAGACCAGUGCUCAUGCAACAGUGUUGAUUUGGGUGUUGGGCACUUGAAGACCAAAUUGCUCAUGAGCGAGCCUAGAGUAUUGGAAAGUAGUGGGGGCAAUGGGGAACUCUUAAAGCGUGUAUCCAUGAUGUCGAUUCUGAUGCCUAACCAGCUACAGAGUACUGUGCUGUCUGGAAUGCGUUCGGUCUUGAAUUGUAUCGGGUGUUACACUACUCUAAUUAGAAGGUAAUAAUUCCCUCACUGAAAGAAGAGUGCUCCUUAUCCAUGGUAAAACACUUAAAAAGGUAGUGUGGGGAUCAACUUGUGGCGUUGUAUAUGAUAAAUAGAUGAAGGGGGCUGAUCCCAGCGAAAUCAAGUCUCUGCUAUGGCUCAAUGCCCUAACAACUCCGAUCUUCCUUUUCGAAUCUGCUACUUUUUUGCUAAUUGGACCCCAAACACUUGCUUAGAUUGACGUUUAAUGACCGAUCUGAUAGCUUUUCAGAGUGCAAUGGGCUCAGUGUUGUGCCAUUGUUUUCCAAGGUUUCAGAAGGUUUUCUUUUCAGCGUGUUAAACGUGGUUCCUUUUUUCACGUGUACAUGGUCCUGAGAAUCAGAGUAGUUUACUAGAUUUGUCAGGUAUGACCUUAUCUAGACAAGGAUUGGAUUUGCUUGAUAAGACUACUGGAGAGAUGGUUGGAAGAGGUAAUAAAUUGUUAUUAUUACAAGUUAUAGUAUGCAUAAUUAUGUUUAUUUAAAAGGUUACCUAUGAAUUUUUUGAAAGAAAAAUUACUACACAAAUUUUAACUAUUGACUUUCUUAAAAUUCAUCCCCAACCAUAGUAGCCAGCCUGACUAGUAAUGGUGACAGAUAAUAGUGACCAGAAGUUGCUCCAUGAGGGUUUUUCUUUCUCUCCUCCCCAUCCUUCCUUUUUCUUCUUCUCCUUCUAGCCUUUGCUGCUGAACAGGGCUUCCAUUCUCUGUGUAAAACUAGAUCCGAACCAUCCAAAAAGCGGCCAGUAUAUCUAAAAGUGGUCAAUGCCUGGUUGAUUGAGCCUAUAAGUUGGUUGAUUUGGUAUGAUUUGACUUUGCAGAUUGUUCAAUAACUUCUUUCGCAUUUUUCUUAGUUAUAGUUGUUUUCACAGUUCAAAGUUUCUAGCCCUUUGCAUCCAAAUUCUAUGUUUGACCAAUAAAAUUCUGGGUUAGAAUAUCUGGUUGACAAGAUAGAGAGGUUUUACAUUAGUUAAUGUUUCCCGUCAGGUUGUCAUUUCCUGAUAAAACCACCCUCAUGUUGAUUGCUUAUUUGAAACUGCUUUAACAAGGUGGAUAUGUAGAUAUUGCCCUAAAAAUUAAUGAUUUCAUGAUAUCUCUUCCUGUUAAUUUUGUGACUGUAUCAUCGUCUAAAUGAGAAGUUGAUUUCGGUCAUAAACAUUUUGUGUUCCAUAUUCUGAAAUAGGAAACCCACUAUAUUAUGAGCAAAGCCCAAUGUCUUGCUUAUAGUGUAUUGUAUGUGUUAUGUCUAAUUUCUAUUGUAGAACGAGAGAAGUGGAUACUUUCACCGGCAGACUUCUUGACAUCCAUGCGAAAAUGCUGGAAUUGAAUAAAACGGAGGUGACUUUUCCUGCUCAACAUUUUUUGAAAUUUUCAUUACACUUCUUAUGAUGGUCAUAUUUUGCACCAGAGCUGACCGGUAAUUUUUACAUAUUUUGCACCAGAGCUGACCAUUUUUACAAUACAGCUUAUCAGACAAUAUGUUCACUCAGUGGAAAAAUGAUAUGGCCUUAUUGUUGCAUUAGGAUAUACGUUUAGGUUUGCAUCGUUCAGAUUACAUGCUUGAUUCUGCAACAAAACGACUUUAUCAAAUUGAGCUCAAUACGAUAUCUGCUUCAUUCCCUGGUCUUGGUUGCCUUGUCAGUGAGCUCCACAGGUAUGGUCGACCAAAACGUACUUUGUUCCAUUCUAGACUAAUUUGAUGUCUCUUCUCACCCAUUAUCUUGCGAAUUUUCCGUUCUCAUUGUUCUUGUUUGCCAUAGCCAGUGGUAUGUAAGUUCUUCAAAUUACGAAGGAUGCUAUUUCUUUAUGAACUGCUAUUUCUAUAAGGAUGGAGUUUUUCCUAGGUAAACGGAAAAUAUUGUUGUUACCUUCGCCCAUGCAACACUGUCUUGAAGCUUGACUUACUUUGCCUAAUUUUAAUUUUUCAAUGGUAUUUUUAAAUUGGCUUGUACUUUAGUGGUAUGGAUUACAAUUGGAUACAGCUGAAAUAUGUUGAUUAUAAGGUGUUGGGUUAUACAGACAGAUUACUUUAUUGGGAAGAAAGGUAGAUUUGAGAUGAUUUCUAAAAUCGCUGAGUUGGAACCAUUGAAUGGUUUAUUUUUUCUUUAAGAUGCAAUUAUGAUUUGAGUUUACGGCAAAUAAUUGUCAAAUAGGAUUUUUGAGAAAUAAAUAUUUUUGUGUAGCUGGGGUUGCUUGGUUAUUGGAUCUGAUUUGGCCUUUUAGAUGCGCUUGGUUGGAAUCAUAUAUAUUGUCACCUUUAAGAGUUGUGAGAGGGGUGGAAAGAUAUUUCUUUUCUACAAUUUCUGCACUUUGGGGUUGUUAUCCCUUCUGUAAUUCUUCACUUGUCCUUUAAUUUAUACAAUAUCUUUCAUCAUUUGUUUGUACGUUUUCGUGAAACUAGACGUUAACUCAAACAAAUGAUAAAUAUGUGCUCUUUGUGUUUUAGUAGACAUGGCACAUUUAUUCUAACUUUGGUUUAAGUAGGUAUGCACGUGAGAAAACCAAAUAGGCUUUCUGACUUUUUUUAUCAGAGCUGAUGAUAAAAUGAGGAAAAAUUGGAGAAAUUUCACGUUCCCUUUCUUGAAUUUUUAAAGUCUAAUUACUCUCUUGUCAUAAGUUAGGACGUGGAGUAACCUUCACAGUAAGGUUGACGUGAGGCCUGGAAGAUGAUUUUAGACUGCUUCACUCCCAAAGAUCGUGCGGGUCUAGUCCACUGAACUUAAAUUUCCUUGUCAGUGGAGAUAUUUUACUCAAGGUUAUUUGUGGUAAGGAACACGUUAAGGUCUACCCUGGUUCCUCUACUAUAGAGUAGAACUUUGAGGGCAAGUAACACCAAUUUUUAAUUCUCAAAUUCUCAACUUGGAGGAGUACAAUAAGAAACAUUGGUGUAUCGUAGUUGAGACAGAUUGAAAACAGGAAAUAGUAGAUGUGGUAUAAAAACUAAUACGAAGUUACAUGGGAUUAGAUAGUAUGCACCAAACUUGUUUAUGCCAGUGAUCCUUUGUAGUCUCCUAUUCGCAACAGUUAGUACGAUUUCUAAUAAUAACUGUGUGCGUACAUAUCUGAUCUUUUGAAAGUGAAGUGGAUUCCAGACAGGACCUAGAAAAAGACAUGAAUUCCUCACCGAAGCUCUCAAAGUUGCUAAAUUUGAGCCUUCGUGUUGUUAUUUUAUCUUGGAUAUUGGAUAUCGGAUAUUGCCCGAAUAGUCUGCAUAAUGUGCUCACCUGUCUCUUGUGAAGAGGAGCCUAAUCCAGCAUUGAGGGGGUGAGAGAAACCUCAGGUACAUUGAUGAAGUUCGCUAUAAAUAAUGCAUCCUCGAGAAGUAUUCUGUUUUUAUGUAUCAACGUUGUGCGUAUAAUUUUCGUAAUUAUUUGUAUAAUUAUUCUUGAAAUUCGCGUUUUAUCUCCUCUCCCAGAAGCAUUAAUUCUAAAAUAACCAAAGUGAGUUUGCUAAGUAGUGAGGAGAUGAUUUUUUUUCGCAGGAACCUGUUAAAUCAAUUUGGAAAGCAGCUGGGCUUGGAUUCUAGAGGAGUACCUGGAAACACUUCUGUGAGCAGAUUUGCCGAGGCUCUGGCAAAAGCUUGGAAUGAAUAUAAUGAUAGCAGGUCCAUUACGUUCACAUUUUCCUUUUUAUUAUCUUGUGUCCUCUGGAAUUUAUUAACUCAUCCUUCUGGUUUCCAGUUCCAUUGUUUUGGUGGUAAUCAAACCUGAGGAGCACAACAUGUAUGAUCAGUAUUGGUUAUCAACUAUGUUGAAGCAGAUAUAUCCUUUUGUUUAUGAUCUUCCUCUUUCAUUAUGCUUUCUCUACCCGUUUCUCCACCAAGAAAAUUUGAAAUUGCAUAAUUGAUGAUUGGUUAAUCAUUUUGACAUUUCUUAAACGUUACAUGCAAGACAGACUCUGCCUGACAUGUAAUGUCAGAUAAUUGAUGCAUUUGUGCAAGAGUCUUUCAUUGAAGCACAGAUUUCUGUUUCAGUUUUUCUUUGUCUUUUUACUUUUCUUUAACUUCAUCACACGCAUGGCGUGACAAGUAUUCGGAAAACGUUGGCUGAAGUGGAUUCGGAAGGAGAGCUUCUUCCAGAUGGGACAUUUCGUAUGUAAGAUUUUACGAUGCACAAUCAAAUGGCUGUAUCUUCGCAAACCAAAACUGAAGCAUACAGAAAGGAUCAGGGGUUGAAAUACCUUCAAUUAUGUCUUUUAAUAUGUAUUAACAUUAUUCACGCUUGCAGUGGUGGCAGAACAGUGGCAGUGGUAUAUUUCAGAUCUGGUUAUUCGCCAAAUGAUUAUCCCUCGGAAUCAGUGAGCCUUAAUGACCCUCCUUUUAUUUUUUUUCACUCUGAAGAAAUAUAAAGAACAUAGAUGCGGAUUGAAGAGAAUACGUCUGGUUUUCGAGUGAACCUGCUGUUGGAAAGAUGUUAGAAGAGUCAAAAUUGGGGAAUGUUUCUAUAGUCAAGAUAUUUUAUGGUUUUCGUACCAACUGUUGUUCAUCAUUCUAUCAUUUUUCAAUGUAAAUGAAGUUACGCAACCUGCUAAAUUUCCAUUUUGAAGAACACGUCAUCAGAGUCUGUUCUUUUUGUUCUUCUGUAAACUUUCCUUUGAACAGGAAUGGAGAGCGAGGUUUCUGAUGGAACAGUCUUCUGCUAUUAAAUGCCCAUCUAUAUCUUACCAUUUGGUGGGUACCAAAAAGAUCCAGCAGGAAUUGGCAAAACCCAAUGUGCUUGAAAGGUGAUAGAACUAUUCUAAGAAGAAUUUAUCCGAGAAAUCGAUUCAUUCUUUGUUCAUUUGUAAAUUUUUAUGCUACAUUCAUCAUUACCGUCAUCAGCAACUGCUCAGAGUGUCAAUCUAGCAACUUGUAUCCUCAACACACUGAAAUUGAUCUCAAAAGCUGAUCUUGGUGAAGUAUCAAAUAUUAUUGUGUUUUGCAUCAUGAUCAAAUCUUAAAAUUUUGACCGUUGACUAUUUUUCUAACUAGCAGAAAGUUUAUUUUGUUGAUUCGACUUGUGAUGCAUUCAAGAGUUUUGUAAUCCUGAAUUGAAACUUGGCAAACAGAUUUCUUGACAAUAAAGAUGACAUUGAGAAGCUGCGCAAAUGCUUUGCGGGCUUGUGGAGCCUGGAGGACUCUGAAAUUCUGGAGAAGGCAAUGGAAAGCCCAGAAUCGUUCGUCCUUAAACCCCAGCGGGAAGGAGGAGGUCAACCAUCGAUUUCUCCCCUCUGACACCAGGCCCAGCGGCUUUGCUCUGUUUGUGACAAGCUCAUGGUCCAUCUUCAGGGAACAACGUGUAUGGCGAGGACGUGAGGGAAACCUUGGCCAAGCUGCAGCAGGAAGGCGGCCGUGGACUCGCCGCAUACAUCCUCAUGCAGAGGAUCUUCCCAGCUUCUGCUCUCACACAUCUGGUUCGAGAUGGGACGUGUCGUCGAGACUCUGCCAUUUCGGAACUGGGCAUCUACGGUGCCUAUCUGAGGUGAUUCAACCAGUGCAUUUCUUUGAUUGUUUUUUCGUUCUCUCACCCACCCAACCUGGUUCUUCAACCCAGGAGCAAGGACAAGGUCCUCAUGAACGACCAGUGCGGUUACUUGAUGCGGACCAAGGUUUCGUCGUCGAACGAGGGCGGCGUUGCUGCUGGAUUCGCCGUCUUGGAUAGCAUCUACUUGACCUGA